GUGGGAGGAAAAAAAAUCGGAUAAAAUAAGCGUCGGGCGCCAUCAGGCAGCAACUCAGUGUCCCUGUGAGCCCACCAUGGCCAAACUGGAGCAAGUGCUGAUACUAGAUCCGCCCAUCGAGCUCAAAUUCAAAGGUCCAUUUACAGAUGUGGUAACGACAAACCUCAAAUUGAAAAACCCAUCAGAUAAGAGGGUUUGCUUCAAAGUGAAGACUACAGCACCACGUCGGUACUGUGUACGGCCUAAUAGUGGGAUUAUUGACCCAGGAUCAAUGGUUACUGUUUCAGUAAUGUUGCAGCCUUUUGACUAUGAUCCCAAUGAGAAAAGCAAACACAAAUUCAUGGUACAAACAGUCUAUGCUCCACCUGGUGCUGCAGAUAUGGACGCAGUAUGGAAAGAUGCAAAAGCUGAAGAUCUGAUGGACUCCAAACUCAGAUGUGUCUUUGAAUUGCCUUUCGAAAAUGAGAAAUCGAAUGAUCUAGAAAUAAACAAAUCUGCUGCAGUAACGAAUGCUCCUAAAUCUGAAGGUCCGGCAAUACCAAAAUCUGCCAGUACUUCAAUGGAUGACAUUGGUGAGAAACUAAUGGACGAAUGCAAGAGGCUUCAAGCUGAGUUGGUGAAAAUAACAGAUGAGAAUCGACAGUUGAAAGAUGAUGGACUGAGGCUCAGGAAGGCAGCUCAGUCAGGCAACCCAGUGUCAUCCACAUCUAAUGUUGCAGUCAGAGACAACGGUUCCACUGCUCUUCCCUCCCUCCUUGUUGUAAUUGCAGCCAUUUUCAUUGGAUUCUUUCUAGGAAAAUUCAUCUUGUAGAGGAAGCAUGCAAGUUAAUGGGGCCUGAAAUGUUCUGUUGAUCUGCCACAUCGUUGGUAGUAUGGCUCACAGUGACCAUGUUCGUGUACAGCAUCUUACAGGCCUUGCCUUUAAUGAUCUCACACAGUUAGAACACAAAAAUACUUUCAGUUCUUGGAUAAUUGGAGUUGUAUAUUGUCAGAACAUCAAUAGCAGGUGUCUCAAGGUUUCACAUAAAAGUCCUUGGAAAAUAAUGAGUUGUUCUCUCUGUGGUUUAAUAAGAGUUGAAUGAAAUGUUAAGUGUCUUGUAAAUGUUAUUUUAAUCCUUUUAAAUUUUGUUACCUGUUGCUGGAUACCUCUUGAAAUUUUCAUUUAUAGUCAAGUUGCUCAUAGCCACUUGUUUGCCAGUAAUGAGAGAUGUACUGAAAGAAAAAAAGGUGCCUCCUUGUAAAUUAUCCCCCAUUUCCUUGCUGUUGAAGGCUGACAAGUUUAUCAAUGCAGAGUUUCUCCCUAGUCACAGAAACAUCUCCUGUGAGGCAAAUGUUGAUUGAAAGCUCUUCAUUCUUACCAAUCCUGUCCCAUGGUAUUUAACAAAAAUAAAAUCUUUAACAUGUUAAA